UGGCGGAUAGACACGCCCAUCAGUCGAUGUGCACGCGCACUGUCAAUAAAUUUGCCUCUUUUUUUUCCUCUCCAAACUUUCCUGGACUUUGAAUCCCGUCUUCAUUGCCUCAGAAUCACGUAUAAUCCCUGCAUCUACUUUUCCUCCGAGUGGUAAAGAAAAUGGCACAGAAUGGUGGUUCUGUUGACAAGGAUACGUGGGAGUCUCACAACAGGAUGCUGCAGGAACCGCUCAGCACCAACGACCCUGAGGUAUUUGAGAUCAUAAAGAAGGAGAAGAAGAGACAGACGAACGGUUUAGAGCUCAUUGCAUCCGAGAACUUCACAAGUCGCGCUGUUUUGGAGGCUCUGGGCUCGUGUAUGAACAACAAAUAUUCAGAAGGAUAUCCUGGCCAGAGAUACUACGGUGGCACGGAACAUGUGGACGAACUGGAGCGUCUCUGUCAGCAAAGAGCGUUGAAGGUUUAUGGUCUUGACCCAGAGAAAUGGGGCGUAAAUGUGCAGCCUUAUUCUGGGUCACCGGCCAACUUUGCUGUGUACACAGCAGUAGUGGAGCCUCAUGGCAGGAUCAUGGGUCUGGAUCUCCCUGAUGGUGGCCAUUUGACCCAUGGGUUUAUGACGGACAAGAAAAAAAUUUCCGCCACCUCCAUUUUCUUUGAAUCUAUGCCAUACAAGGUUAACCAAGAGACUGGUUACAUAGAUUACGACCGACUGGAGGAAAAUGCUCGUCUGUUCCACCCAAAACUGAUCAUUGCAGGUACCAGUUGCUACUCGCGUAACCUGGAUUACAUUCGGCUGCGUAAGAUCGCCGAUGAGAACGGAGCUUACCUGCUAGCUGACAUGGCACACAUAAGUGGACUGGUUGCAGCCGGAGUGAUUCCCUCCCCGUUUGAUCACUGUGAUAUUGUUUCUACGACUACCCAUAAGACCCUGAGGGGCUGCAGAGCAGGAGUCAUCUUUUACAGGAAAGGUGUGCGCAGUGUGGAUGCAAAAACAGGGAAGGAAACACUUUACAACCUGGAGAGUUUGAUCAAUCAGGCUGUGUUUCCUGGGCUGCAGGGUGGACCUCAUAACCACGCCAUUGCAGGAGUGGCUGUAGCGCUGAAGCAGGCCAUGACUCCUGAGUUCAAGGUCUACCAGUUACAAGUGCUGGCAAACUGCAAGGCUUUGGCAGCGGCUAUGAUGGAAAAGGGCUACAAAAUUGUCACCGGUGGUUCUGACACUCAUCUUAUCUUGGUUGACCUUCGUCCAAACGGAACUGAUGGCGGAAGAGCAGAGAAGGUGCUGGAGGCCUGCGCUAUUGCAUGUAACAAGAAUACCUGCCCAGGUGAUAAGAGCGCCUUGCGCCCAAGCGGUGUCCGUUUAGGUUCUCCUGCUCUCACGUCACGAGGGCUAGUGGAAGAGGAUUUCCGCUUGGUUGCGGAAUAUAUCCACAGAUGCAUUCAGUUAACUGUUGAGAUCCAGACAAGCAUGAACCCCAAAGCCACUUUGAAGGAGUUCAAGGACAAAUUGGCUCAGGAUGAAAACUACCAAAAGAGAAUAAAGGAAAUCCGGGAUGAAGUCGAGGCUUUCGCUGAAAAAUUCCCCAUGCCUGGAUUGCCUGUGCUAUAAGUCUCUAAUCCUCAUAUUCUGUUCUUGUCCUUGUGCUUUACCUGCGAUAUCCAAUCAAGUCGACCACACAUCGUAUAUUACGAAUAGAUCUGCUCAAGCAUUCGACCAAAAUGAACACGCUGAAUUGUAUAUGACUGGGAAAAUAAAGCAAAUCAGUGGAAAAUAAAAGUAAAUUGAAUAGAAAA